AAAAAAAUAGAAAACAUGAUUUUAAUUCUCAUUCUGUCUGCAAUCGUUGCAAUUUUCACUGUAAAUUUAUGGAGAGCAAGGCAGAAACUUCCAAAAGGACCUACCCCUCUUCCCCUAAUUGGAAAUCUACAUCAAUUGAUCUACAAUGCCUGGAAAAAUGGAGGAAUUGUUCAAGGAUUCAAUGAGUUCAAAAAACAAUAUGGAAACGUUUUCACAAUAUGGAUGGGCCCAAUUCCAAGUGUUCAUAUUGCCGAUUUCGAUGUGGCACAUGAAACUCAUGUUAAGAGAGCGAACACUUUUGGGCACAGGUUUUCCAAUGGUGGAAUGGAUUAUAUUCGAGAAGGCAGAGGGAUUAUUGCUUCAAAUGGAGAAUUUUGGCAGGAACAUCGAAGAUUUGCACUGACAACGCUGAGAAAUUUCGGGCUUGGCAGGAACAUCAUGGAGGAUAAAAUCAUGGAAGAAUAUAGAUAUAGAUUCAAAGACUUCAAAAACACACAUUUCAAAAAUGGAGGUAUCCAAGUCAAUGCGUCAUCUUGCUUUGAUCUUCUUGUCGGUUCGAUCAUUAACCAGUUAUUAGUCUCUGAGAGAUUCGAGCAGGAUAAUAAAGAAUUCGAAAGGCUGAAAACUAGUCUUGCAAAGGGGCUCGAGAAAGUUUCAAUUUUUGAAGCAUUCAUGCCUGUUUGGGUGCUCAAAUCGAAAUUGAUGAGAUGGAGAACUAAAACAACUUUUGAGCCAUUUGACUUUAUUUUUGGAUUGGUGGAAAGAGGAAUUCAGAAAAGAGUCUCCGCGAUUAAAAACGGAACUCAUAUUCCGAGUGAAGAGGGUGAAGACUUUGUGGAUGCAUUCCUAAUUAAGAUGGAAAAGGACAAAAACGAGGGAAUCCAAUCUACUUUUGACCUCGAGACUCUUGCCGUAGACCUGUAUGAUCUAUGGCUGGCAGGACAGGAAACAACUUCAACGACAUUGACAUGGGCAUGUGCCUGUCUUUUAAAUUACCCGGAAGUUGUUAAAGAAAUUAGAAAAGAAUUGACAGAGGUUACCGGUGGAACGCGAAGUCUAUCACUAACCGAUAGGCCAAAGACGCCAUACUUGGGCGCAACUAUCAAUGAAAUCCAAAGAAUCGCUUCAAUUCUAAACGUCAACAUUUUCCGCCUAAUGGAGGAGGACUCGAUCAUUGAGGGGCAGCCAAUAUCUGCUGGAGCCGUUUUGACUACUCAACUUGCCAUGCUUCAUACCGAUGAGAAGACGUUCAAAAAUCACACAGAGUUCCGACCUGAAAGAUUUUUGGAAAAUAAUAAUCUGGAAAAACGGCUGAUUCCAUUUGGCAUCGGGAAGAGAUCUUGUCUUGGCGAAUCACUGGCUAGAGCUGAGCUGUAUUUGGCUAGUGAAAUGUGUGUUUUUGAUACUUUAAAUGAGUUUUUUUCUUUUCAGAUAACAGGAAAUAUGAUUUUGGAUUUCGAUUUUGAAUCGGUUGGUGCUGCCCCAAGAAUUCAAACACCAACUCCGUUUGCACUAAUGAAAAGACCGCCAUCAUAUGAUAUCAGAUUUAUUCCUCGUUCCAAAUGAAUUUCAUUGUCACCUCGUUUUUUGAACCUACAUAUAAUAUACAUACACCUAUAUAUACAUAUAUUUUUCCAUCUCGUCAUACAUAAACAUUUUGAUUUA